CUGCAAGUCUCAAGAGACACUUGGAGAUUUAGCUCCUCUCCGGUUAUGACUUGGGUGUUUUAAAUUAAACGUGCCAGGUAAAACAAAAUUGUGCUGUUCGUAUAGCCUAGGAGAAUUGUUCACAACGUUGUCUGAUUGUUCGUUUGCUUUAAUUUUACACACGAAUAACGACGGGAGCUUGUCUAGUGGCUCGACUGCAGUUACCGGAGCUCUAAUAUCUGCCGACAGCAGCAACGAGAGGCAUAGACAACCCAAAGCCAUGAAACUCGAAGUCUUCUCGGCGAACCACUUUAUGGAGAAACCGCAGGAGUUGUGCAGCGAUGUGGAAGGCAGCGUGCCCUCGCCUCUCUCCGGGGAAGAGGAGCUGGGCUCCGAUGGGGACUUCGUCGCUAACAGCCCUGCACCUGCUAUUCCCAGCGCUGACGGGAAAGCCAAACCUUACACACGGCGACCCAAGCCACCUUACUCCUACAUUGCCCUGAUCGCUAUGGCAAUUCGCGACUCUACAACUGGUCGCCUCACACUGGCAGAAAUCAACGACUAUCUCAUGAAGAAAUUCCCCUUUUUCAGAGGAAGCUAUACUGGCUGGAGAAACUCGGUCCGCCACAACUUGUCGCUCAACGACUGUUUUCUGAAAGUUUUACGGGAUCCAUCUAGACCCUGGGGGAAGGACAAUUACUGGAUGCUGAACCCCCACAGCGAGUACACGUUUGCCGACGGGGUCUUCCGCCGCCGAAGGAAGCGCAUCAACAAAAAAUGUGCCAACAACCCAGAGCACCCUACAAUCGAGGAUGCACCAAACCCUGCGGGCGCAUCGUCAUCCACGGAAGAGGGGUCUAACACUAAGUUCUCCAGCUCCUUCGCUAUUGACAGCAUCCUCAGCAAACCUUUCAAAAGAAAGGAAGAGCGCUACCCUGAGCCAGACGCCACCGCUGUCGGAACAAGAGCGGUGUGGUCAAGUAGCGCACAGGUGAUGCCUUACGUAAUGGGCUAUCCGCCGACACCAGUGUCCCACUUACAGCCGUUGUUCCCAGUCAGCCCCGGUGCCGCCCACUUGCUGCAGGCAUACAGCGGCGGCUACUCAGAGCCGAUCCUCGGCGUGGAGCAGAGAAGGGACAUUCUUACCGCUUUCCACUUGAGCCCAGAGUGCUUGACAAGCGCUGAGACUUUUCCCCCUGUUCAGAUACCUGCCAUGAGACUGGGUAGCUAUCACCCAUUCAAAAUAGACUCUUUGCUUUCCUAAGGCAUACGGCAACGUACUUUUGUUUUGUGAUUUUUUCCCCCCCGGCACUUUCGUAUGCACUGUAAAUUGUUUAGCGACAAAAUGCAUUUUACUGCAUUUAGCGUGACAACUAGACAGUGUGAAAUCUGUUGUUGUUAACAUUAGCUAACCACGAUGACUUGUAAAAAUGUGUGUUCAGGUAAAUGACAAACAAGAAAGAAAUAAUUUUGAGGAACGAUACUGUAACUUAUUGCAUUCCUAUUUUGACGAUAAACGGUUCAUAUGUCAUUUCUGUUGUACAACACAGGCACUCACAUGCCAAAAAGUAGUAAAUACUUUUAUUCUAUUUAUAUUACGUCUUGCGGUUGUUGCUGUCAAUGUUGUUUUCAAACUAUUUUAAGUAUGAUUGUAAUGUCUGGUAUCGACAAAGCUCGAAUCGAGCUGAACCAGUCGUCAUUACACAACUGUUUUUGUAAGUCAUUCUGCCUGAUUUGACCAGUAAAGUAUUGUGUGUUUUGCUUCUAAA